UCCCCACACCUCGGCUCACCAACCCCAGCCCCUUGCCACAUCACACAACCAAUGGCGGACGCUCAAACGGAAGGCAACGCCAAAAACCGGAUUAGAACAGACACGGACCUCACGGACCUUCUGACCACACAGCAUGCAAGAUUCGGAGAUGGGGCUUUCGACUUGGGUACCGCGGAGAUCGAGCAACUGCGGAAUUUCACCGAGCUCGCAGCGACAAUCCCAAACACAAUCAAGAGGGCGUGGGUGAGGAAGAACGCAUGCAUUAUCCUUAGAGACCUGGCGAAGAAAAACCGCGCAGCGUUCUUCCUUUGCGCUCUCGGAACCCUGCCCUAUCUGCUAGGCAGGCUCAAGUCGACGACUUACAUGGAGGCGGUUGGGAAGUGGUGGAGGGAAGCCGUGCAGUGGCCUGGCCUGUUUGAGACCAUGGACAACUACUCGCAGUACUUGCCCCGGCCAAAGGGCCUGGCUCAGGCGAUGAAGCACUAUGCCGCUCGGCUCCCUGGCACGCCUGCACCGCCAGACCGGCCAGAGAGCCUCGACCAGGAGACGGAACACCACGCCGAUCUACCCCCUGGGGCAAAGCCGCAGGGCGGGUGGUCUCUGACAAUACCCCUGCACAAUCUGCUGGAUUUUCUGAAGGACAAAUACACAGACACACCGGUGCAAAUCCACUGCCCAUUCGACGUGCGCUCUCCACCAUCCGUCCAGUUUGGACCGGCCGAAUGGGACAUGAGGAUGGAGUUCGGCCUGGGCAUUGCAAAGGCGGUCAUGGAGCACGGCAUGCAGAGUGAGGCUACCUAUAUUCAGCCAAUGGAACAGAGCCAGUAGUACCUAGAAUGAUGGCAGAUGUUUUUUUUAUUUGGUC